GUGCCGCUUUUGUUAUUCUUCCUCAUCAACUUUAUACGUGCAUCCGCAAUGACAGCGCAUCGCAGCGGAAUUGCAGGCACCAGCUUUCCGAAAGCCAUAUCCUCGCUUCUUCGAGAACACUUUUUUUUUCUUUCUCUUUUCAGGCCUUUGAUGGCGUAGCGUUAUUCAACGGUUCACUUGAAUUUCCUGUGCCAUUUUUUUCCACUGACUCUUUCGUACACACUUCUUCGAAAUUGGUAGAAGAUCAAUGCGUCGGCGUGGAAAUUCGGAGCCGAAGACAUCUGCACACCCGUCGAUCACAGCUGCUGCUGCGGCUUCGGCUGCAGCACGUGCGGCGGCAAAGCAACCUUCCACGCGGCAGUCGCGGCGGCGCGGGUUUUGCAUCGCCACAGGUUGCUUUUUAUUUUGUUUGAUCGUCUACGUGUGCCUGAAAGGAUUCUCCGCUACCUCGGCCCUGCCGGCGAAUUCUGUGCGGACGACAAAGCCCGGUCUGCGUGUGACGGAGCGUGAUGUUGUCGCGCUCGGUCUUGCUACCCAACAGGUCGCGGACCUGGCAACGCUGCCGGGCUUUGACGAACUCUCCAAGAUCGAAGCGCAGCUCGGCGCAGUUUAUUUGAUGCUGCUGGAACAGGUUGCCGCUGCAGAGGAGCUCGAAGACGGUGGCCACGCACUUCGCCAGUUGGAUGUUAGCCAACAUUACCUGUCCAGCGUGGCGGAUGCACUUCGACGGGCCGCGGAUGUCAGCUACACAAAGCUGAAGCGCAUGCUACUGCGUGAGCUGAACGCGGAGCUUGCCAUGGCACCUACGUCUCUUGUGCGGACCAUGUACGGCUGGAUGCUCAGCGACCUCUUCCUUUACUGCGCUGUGCUACCGGAGUACUACCUUUUGAAAGAUGACACGGCAGCGCACGCGGUGGUGCUGCUUCGUUCGGUGAAUCUGCUAUCCUGGAGCUCAUUGGUGCACACAGGGACAAACCCAGAACUGGUCGAUGUGCAGCUGGCGAGCGGCGCGUCCUUGGCGAGCUACGACAUCUUCAACUGGUCCAGCGGCGCCGCGUGUAGGAAAAGCCCUCUCGGCGCGCUCUCGCCGAAGUGGAUGCAGUUCUGCGGGACCUCCUUUUCCUCGACCGCCGCAGUGGCGCGCCGCACAGCUGCGACCUAUGAGGAGCUGAUUGUGCUGCACCCCGACUACGCCCCACUGCGGCUGCAUUACGCAGUUGCAUUUUCCUUUUUGGGUGCAGGCGAGACUGCCGGGGCACGUGGUGAUGAUGGCGCCGACGCUGCUGCGGGUGGUGCGUUCUCUUCGUGGUCGGACCACGCAAGGAAGGCACUGGGGGUCGUGCGCAACGAUCGUGAGAAGGUGGGGGUGCGUUACGAGCAAGCGGACGGCGUUCACCUCCUUGUGCUGACGCUGCUGGAAGCGUAUCUUACCCCGGCGGACGAGUGGACCUCGGAGCAAAAUGCGCAGCUGGUACACGCGCUUGGUGAACUCAAGAGCUGCGAGAGGGUGCGGAUGUCGCUGUUGGCUCCCACUGGAUGGAGUGGAAGUGCUUUUCAGCAGGAGUAUCGUGUGCCUAUUCUCACCCCGGAGCAGGUGAGCGCGCUGCUGGCAAAGGCCCAGGUGCACCUUGGCGCCGGACACUCCGCACUUACCCCGUUCCAUGCGUGUCUGUAA